AUGCCGCAGGAUAUGCCGCCUGUGGGCGGCUACGAGCCAGUCCAAUACAAACGCAACCUGCCAGCCCGUGGCUUCCGACCGUCCGUCUACCUCCUCGCAACUGGGCUGCUCAUGACCUACGGGUUCUACAAGGUCGGCAAAGGCAUCAGAGAAUCAAAUGAACUCGCCAGAGAGAAGAUGUGGGCGCGCAUACAUCUCAUUCCAGUGCUACAGGCGGAAGAAGAUCGGGAUCAGGUCCGGCGGUACCUAGCGGACAAGGCACGAGAGAAGGAGCUGUUAGGCAGCGAGACUAAGGUGUACCACAACGAUCGAUUCGUCCGGCCCACGUUUGCUGUUACCCCAGAGCACGAAACGAAAUAA